AUGGCUGCAGUCCCCAACCUGAUCCUCGUUAAUCCUGUACCAUCAGCUGUGUCCACGUCGGCGUCCAGAGCCCCUGCUGAAGACGAGGGGCUCUGGGUGUUCCUGAGCGCUGUGUCCCGGCUUCUCUUCCCCGCGCGCGUGGUGUCUGCCCAAUCUCCGUCUGCCACCCCGGACUACGCCCACGGCAAAUGCACCCGCUCUUGCUCCAGCAAAUUUUUUCGCUGGCGAAUAAAACUUUCAUCAUAA